AUGGUUUCAUGUAAAAAACAUGGUAAAACAUUUUGGGCAAGAAGGUCAUUAAAUAUUUAUAAUGGAUUAAUUGCAUUAUAUGCAGUAAAUGGAGAAAUUCCAUUAACUAUAUUACCAUUUAGUGAUAAUGUUGAAAUUACUAAACAUCAACGACUUAUUUUAAUUUUCCAAUGUGUUAUCAGAAGGGUUUAUUUAAGAUUUGAAACAGAAGAAGAAUGUAAUGAAGUUGAAACACUUUGUAAAAAAUGUCAACAAUAUUAUCAUAAACCACAAACAAUGAUAGUAAAAGAUUUUUUUAGUGGAAAAUUAGCAGAUUUAACACCUACUUGUCGUGAAUUAUGUAAUAAAAAUAAUUUAUAUCCAGAAGAAUGUGAAAAACAUUUUGAUACAUUAUGUGAAAUUCUUCGAUCACAAACAAAGAAAAGAUAUGCUACGGUUACAGAGAAAAGACAACUUCAACAAAAGAUUGAACAUCCACAAGCUCAUAUUGAAAAACCAAAAAAAGAACCUCCACCAGAAGAAGAUGAUUUAUUAAGAUAUUGUAAAACAGAAGACCCACAUAAAUAUUUUACAAAUCUUGUUUCUAUUGGAAAAGGUGGAUUUGGUGAAGUAUUUUGUGCACAAAGAAUAGAAGAUGGUAAACCAAUUGCUUUAAAAAUGUUAAAACAUUCUGUAGAUGAAAGAUAUACAAAAAUUGGAGCAGAAGUUGCACGUUUAAGUAAUUGGAAACAUCCAAAUAUUGUUGGAUUUGAAGGAUGUUGGUUAUAUAAUAAUCAGGUAUAUAUUGGAAUGGAAUAUUGUUCUCUUGGAACAUUAAAAACAUUAUUGAAAAAUAGAAUGAGACCAUUUCAAGAUGCUGACACUGCAUUUUUAUUACUAGAAACAUUAAAGGCAUUGAAAUAUAUUCAUGAAGAAGGAUUUAUUCAUAGAGAUAUUAAAACAGCUAAUAUUAUGUUAAAACAAAAUUUUGAAAUUAAAGUGAUUGACUUUGGAUUAGUUGUAAGAAUUAAUUCUAAACCAUCAAAUAGAGCUGGAUCUAAAGCAUAUAUGGCACCAGAAGUUAUUAAACAAAUUCCAUAUAAUGAAAAAGUUGAUAUUUGGAGUAUUGGAUGUGUAGCACAAGAAUUAUUUGAAGGAUCACCACCUUAUAGAGAAUUAGGAAUGUUUAAAGGUCUUUUUAAAACAGCUACAGUUGGUGCACCUGGAUUAAGAAAUCCAUCUAAAGCACCUCCUGAAUUUGUUGAUUUUCUUAAGAAAUGCUUUUUCUUUAAUCCAGAAGAAAGAUGGUCAGCAACACAAUUACUUGAACAUCCAUUCCUGAAACAAGCUGAUGGGUCUAUCAUUAAACAAAGAGGAAUGAAAGUAGGUAUUUAA